AAGUUACCUGAGUCUUCCGUGAAGCGUACGUGGAGGCGGGGCUUGGAUGGGGCGGGGCUGAGGCUCCCUUCUGAAGUAUCAGUCUUCCCCGCCGCGACUUAACCCCGGAAGCAGGGUGGCGGGCUCCUGUGCUGGUGCGGCGGGGGACUGCGGCGCGAGCUUCAGUACUUCACCUAAGGGAGGCAAGACUCAUGAGCUUGGAUGUUCAUUUCCUCAUCUCUUUGGUGGCUUAUCAGAGAGCUGACCUGGCAGGUCUCAGCUCAAAGGAGGAGCAGACUGAUACCAGCCUGUGGGCUCCAGCAGCUCCUUCCCAGCAAGGCGCUUCUUUAAGCAGUAACAGAGGAAGCAGCAAUGUUUCACUUCUUCAGAAAGCCUCCGGAAUCUAAAAAGCCCUUGGUACCAGAGAGAGAAGCAGAUGGAUUUGUCCUUUUAGGAGAUACACCUCAUGAGCAAAGAGUGGCAGCAAGAGGCAAAACUUCAGACAUCGAAGGCAAUGAGACUUUGGAGAUUGGCAAAGAAAACUCAUCCAGUGUGACUGUAGCAGGCCCCGAGAUGGAAAAUAAGGCAGGCCAGACUCUGGAAAACAGCUCAUUAAUGGCCGAGCUUCUGAGCGACGUACCCUUCACCUUGGCCCCGCAUGUGCUGGCCGUGCAGGGCACCAUCAGUGACCUUCCCGACCACUUACUCUCCUAUGAUGUCAGCGAAAACUUAUCAAGGUUUUGGUAUGAUUUCACUCUUGAAAACUCAGUGCUCUAUGGUUCGUAAUCUUUAUGUCUGUUUGCACCUUAACAGCUUUAAGACAAAAGUUUGCCUGUUUUAUUUAACCUGUGUGAUGUUUUUUGACAUUUCCCUGUUUAAAGGCCCUCAGAAAAGCAAGGAUCAUAAAGCAAAUAAUAUUACAUUCAUUGCUCUAUUUUUUUAGAAUAAAGCAUAUUUGUAUAAAAAGUAAACUUAAGAUCUACUACUUCCUUUUCCCCCUAAUAAUAAAUACAAAUAUUAAUUUAUCAAGGUUUUAUGAAAGGAGUAGAUUCCGUCAACCGGUCUCUCAAAAUACAACACCUCAUAUUUAUCUUAGAAAAACUGUGAAAAAGAACUGAGGGAUUUUUCUUAGUUACCACAAGAAACUGAAGUCUCCACUUAGAGGGAGUGUGAUUUCUCUUCUCUGGUUUGGAAGAAACUUACUUAAUGUUAUCCCCUUUCUCCUUCCACUGUGUUUAUUAAUGAAUUCAGAAAAAAAGAAAAAAAGUUGGCAGUUAGCUUAAUUUCUUCAGUCUUGAUUUAGACAUUGAUGUGGAAAUUUACAACUUUUCCUAGAAAGCAAUGGUAGUUUGCUGAUGUAAGAAUGCUGUAAGAAGAAUGCUCUGGAUACUGUUUCUUUUGAAUGACAGAUUUUGGUUUCCUUAAUCCCGUGGCAGUCUGUUCCACCUUGAUGGAGUCCUGAGUUCCUGCCUUUGGUUUUUGCUACUUCACGGUUUGCUCUCUCACCAGCUUUCCAAAGAACGUUCCCUGCUUCUGCCUCAGUUGGCAUUUGUUCUCCUUACCACCUAUGUUCCUGGUUUAUGAAGAGAUCCAUAUUUCCUUUCAACCUCUCUACCUCCCAAAGAAAAGCAUCUCAUAAUGAUAUGUAUUAUUGCUGAUAAAGCCCUUAUUUAGAAAUUCGUUGGCCAAAAUACAGAUGGAAAUGUUUUACUGCUACAAAAACUGCAACUGACUCAUUUCCAUUUAGAGUGUAGGCAAAACACCUAAACAGGACUUUUAGUUCGUGAAUAUAUGUUACUUAUUCCAGAAAACUGCCAUUGGUCCAUAAACUGUAAAGGGAAGAGGUAAAUUGUGAUAGAGCAUUUUCUAUGCCAUGGAAAAUUUAAAUCACAUUUGUUCUGAUUAGUGGCAAUACAGUUUAUUGAUUCUGUGCCAAAUCUUAACUAUAUGUUUCACAAAGGUAGAGUGCCAUAGCAAAACUAAAUACUGUGCAUAAAGGUACGUGAAUUAUUCAAGUUUUAAUGUAUCAUGCAUGUUGGUUUAAUAUACGUGGCAUGGUCUUGAUAAAAUGUUAUAUUAUUUAUAAUGUAAAUGUACAUUUCUAUUGCCAGAAAUAUGCUUCACUUACAAAUAAUGCUACCAUAUGAGGUGAAUGAUUAAAUUAGAGCUUCACGUAGUUUUCAUAAAACAUCAGUCUAAGAAAUCUAACUUAUUACUAAGACAAAUGUGACCAUUUUAUAGCAGUUUUUGUGAAAACAUAUCUUUUUUUCAAUAUCUGUGUUAAUGUACAGCCAAUGUUAAAGCCAAAUGUAAGCAUGUUAUCAAUUUGUCUAUGUGUUAAAUUUUGUCUACUUAUACAUUUCAUUUAUAUGUAUGUCUACCAUGUUAUAAAUAUGCUUAUAAGUAUUUUCAUUUGUCUAUAAAAGAUAUUUAAAUAAACAUGAAUUUUAAAAAACUGAUAUUUUUAUUAUUUUCAGAUCAGAAAAAUGGUUUUCUUUGCAUUAUUCAUAUCUGAGUGCAAGUUAUUGAUUCUUUGAAAGGCCAAGAUUUAAGUACAUAGUUUUUGUAGUCCAGAGAAAAUUAUGAAAUUUCCUCUUAUAUGUAAGUUUUAAGGAAUAACAUUGAAAAUGGUAAGAUCACUAGUCCUGGAUUAAUAAGACUAGAGAUUUGGGAGAAAUCACAUGAACAUCUUAAGGUAGAUCCCCAUCAUCACAAGAUUUAGUAAAGGCCAGUGUUAAUGACCUAUUUUUAACAAAAAGCAUUGUAAAAAUGUCCAUUUUAAUUUUCUUACUCUAUAUAAAUCAAUGUUACUUUUUGAAAACUGGAAAAACAUUACUAAUCAACUAGCCAACUCCAUUUUACCGAAGAGAAACCUGAAGCCUAGAAAGGUUAAAUGAUUUAAGUCACCUAGUUAGUGAUAAAUAUUUCCUUUAGUAGUGUUAAUAAUUAUAAUAUGAAUUAUAACAAAGCUUGUAUGCUCUGGUGCAUUUGAGGCAGCCACAGUUUGUAAUGGCUCCCUCACUUAGAAGCUGUGUGAUUUGGAGUUAGUCCCUUGAUUUCUUGUGUCCUUAGUUCUUUCUCCAAUUAAAUAGUAAUUGUAUGCCUCUUGCAGGGUUGUGUUAGGUUUUAGAUGGUGUCUGUCAAAUGCCUGGCAGCAUAAAGCUUGAACACACCAUAGGUGUUCUGCGAAAGGGAGCUCUUAAAAUUCUCAUUACUAACCACACAUACAACAGUCUAAUGAAAUGCAAAAUACAUACUAACUGAACUGCUUAACGAGUAAUAUAAAAAUAUAUAGCUACCUACAUUUAUAUUGUAGAUCCCUCCUGCCCCAUUAUUUUUUUCUAUACUAAAUACCUCACUAAGAAAAAUAUUGCUAAAAUAUGUUGGUUGACUCUUCUGCGAUUCCUUAGUUAAGAAUUCCAUAGGGAACACUUUUUUCCCUCUCCUUAUCAAGCAUCAUGGUCCUUUUCCUCAAUACAAGUUAUCGUUGUAAAGUACUGUAGGUAUAGAAUGUACAAGCAAUUUUACUGAAUCUUAUUUUUAACCCUAAAACACAUUCAGGAAGUUUCAUGUUUUUUUUCUUUUUUUUUUUCCAGCUUUCUUUAACUACAUUUGCAUUCUUUCCUAAAAACAGAAUUAGAGAGGAGAUUCUGACCAAUCUAUUAAUCUGUUGAAUUAAACUUUGAUUAACUGAACUUUUAAAAUUGUACCAUUACAUAUUAACAAGAGCACAUUUCUUGUUAACAAUUCUGGAAACCCAAAUAGCUUUUUUUAAGUAAACAUUCAUUGACACCAACACUUUUUUUCUCUUUCUCAAAGUAAAAUGAUAAAUUGAAAACAGUAUAAAUUGAAAACUGUAAUUCAAAAAGAUACCUGUACCCCAAUGUUCAUAGCAGCACUAUUUACAUUAGCCAAUACAUGGGAGCAACCUAAAUGUCUAUCAACAGAUGAAUGGAUGAGGACGUUGUGGUGUAUAUAUAUAUAU